UUGUGUGUCUUUCUUCUACUUUUGUAUCAAAACGUUUUGUUGACAUUCUUCGGAAAGCGGACGCGCUCGUUUCUUCUCUAGAAAUAUAUUUUUUUCUAGUAAAAUAAGGUAAAAUACAUAAAAAAGUGUAUUUUGAUUCAUCAAUUUAAUUUUCAAUUGCUAACCUCAAUUCACACCGGGCAAGAUGACGACUGCUAUGCCAAUCAACCCGAAGCCGUUCCUGAACGGACUGACCGGUAAGCCGGUGAUCAUCAAACUGAAGUGGGGUCACGAGUACAAAGGUUUUCUAGUCUCCGUGGACGGAUACAUGAACAUGCAGCUGGCCAACACCGAAGAAUUUGUGGACGGACAGAACACCGGUCACCUGGGGGAGGUGCUAAUCCGGUGUAAUAAUGUGCUGUACAUCCGGGGCAUAGACGACGAUGAUGAGGAAGGCGAAAUGAGGGACUAGAAUGUACGUACGUGCAGCAGGGGGUGAAUUGAGACAGUUAGGAUUAAGGUAACUUGGGAGAAAUAAACUGUAUAGGAAGAAUAAGUAAAAUAGAA